UUCUCAUUCCUUUCUCCAUGAAAUGACUGUUAGCGUUUAAUUUUGAGUAUUGCUUAAAUCAUGGACAGUUCAGGAAAUAAUCGUUAUGAGUUAUUGUUUAUGGACGAUGACGCUGGAGCUCCAGUCGUGCCAGUGGCCAUAAAUGCCGGUGCCGGCGCUGGCAACGAGAAAAAGAAAACUGAACGCCCGGCCACUGUACAACAGAAGAAGAGCAAGCCUGAAAAGGAGAAUAAGCCAAUUGUGCCAAAUAAUAAGACGAAUGCACCAGUUAAAGCUGGCACCAAUGUGCCAAAGGCAAAGUUGCCGGCGCCUGUUGGUGGACAAGUGAUACGCAACAAAAAUGCUGUAUCAAACGGACAAGCCGGUGAACCACGCACCAUGAGAGGCAACAACCGCGGUAAUUUCCGCGAUAAUAACCAAUCAGGUGGCGGGGAAUUCGGCAAUGAGUUGCCCCAACGUCAAUUCCGUGAUCGCGAAAAUCGCGGUGGGCCGGCACCACGUUUCCGCAAUGGUGAAAAAUUCGGAAAGCGCGAAUUUGAUCGUCAGUCAGGUUCCGAUAAAACAGGCAUCAAGGCAGUGGAUAAACGUGAAGGCGGUGGUGCACAUAACUGGGGCUCUGCCAAACAGGACAUUGAAGAUAUUAAAACUGGUGAAUCAGCCCCAGUGGUGGACAAGGAUGACUCGGCAAAUGAACAAUCUGGCGAACCUGCUAACAACACACUGGAAGAAGAGGAAGCCAAGCAAAUGACUCUUGACGAAUGGAAGGCUCUUACUGAUAAGCGUGCUAAGCCCAAUUACAAUCUACGCAAGGCCGGCGAAGGUGUUGACAACUCGGAAUGGAAGAAGAUGGUCGUAUUGAACAAAAAGAAGGAAUCCAAUAGUGAGGACGAAUUUGAAUAUGAUCCAUCAAUGUAUCCUCAGCGUGUGGGACGUCUUCAGCGUAUUGUGGAUAUUCAAUUUAACUUCAAUGACGGUCGCAAAGGUGGUUUCCGUAAGGGCCCUCGUGGACCCGGUGGGCCUGGCCCGCGCGGACCCGGAGGUCCUCGCUCCGACUUUGGUCCUAACAACAACAACACCGGAUUUGAGCGACAAGCACCAGUGGCCGGAGCUAAUAAGUUCGGAGAUAAACGUCGUCCAGGUGGCAAACCAUUGAAGGUUGAUGACGAAGAUCAAUUCCCCACUCUUUCCUAAGCAACCUAGACACCAUACCCUGUCUGCUAUACCCCAUAAAUAUUUUGGGUAUUGCAUAUUUCUGGAGGAGUUCCUAAAACUCCUUUUUGGUUUUUCUACACGGUGUCUGUGUUGCUUGACAUUCAAUUACUAAAAUAGUCAGCCAUGCUAACUCAUAUUCCUUAGACUUAAACAUUUUGAAUUUUCCAUCAUUUAUGCAUUUAAAUAUUAACUAUUGAAAAUAGUUUGGAAUGUUGAUGAAACAAAUAUACAUCAUUUAUAGAAACUAAA